GAGCAGGCAAUUGCAAGGAAACACGUACUUGGAGCCCUCAAAUUUAAAAAUUUGGACAGUGGACUAGGCUCCAAGCACACAAACAGAUCUAAUGCAUUCAAAAGAUAAACAUCCCCCCACACUUAAGAUCAACAUUGCCCUCAAUGGAGAAGAGGGAAGGAAAAGGUAACGAUGUUAACGGUAUGCACGGACUGCAGAAGACUGGAAACGGGCCAGUCGGGGCAAGCACAGCCAAAGGGAAACAGAAGAGCUCAAACACAAUAUGUUAGGUUCAAUGGUCAGCCCAAUCAAAUAUCAUCCAAACCAAAAGAGAAACAAACCAAACCCAAACCGGGUUACAAUCCGACUCAAAACACAAGAAAGAAAAUCAAACCGUGGUGGGGUUGCCUCCCCACAAGCGCUUCUUUACCGUCUUUUAGCUGGACGCCCAUGGUGGAUACUCAGGGCGGUGCAGGAACAAGUGCCUUCAAGAGCGGAUCCACGUCGCUCUUGAGGUACAGCUUGAGGUUGUGACCAUGCACCCGACGGAUGCGACCACCCUCUAGAAGAAGGUCUAUGCGCUCUUACCGACCUGAUGAAGGCGGUAAUAGCACUGUCCUCAACCGUCACGGCGGCCGUAGGAGCGGCAUAGCAGACGUCGGGCGUGAAGAUCGAGGCGCCGGUGGUGACGAAGACUGUGCAGCGGGCAACGGGAGAGGUGGCGCGCGCGGGAUCCGGUGGUCAGGGCGGCGGUGGGCCUUGCACUUCGGGAGGAGCGACGAGGCGUGCAUGCCAGGGUUCGACGUAGCCCAAUCCUGCCCCAGGCCUGUUACCUACUCUAACGGCCCAGGAGAUGGCGGCAAUGCGCGGGAAGGCCAAGAUGUCGGGCUACGACUCGGUAGGCGGGGAGAUGAGCUACGGAUCGAUGGGCCCGGAAGCGAGAAGAGUUCGUGUCCGUGAUUACCGCGGGCCAAACGAGAAACAGGCUGACUAGGCCCGGCGAAGAGGAGAUGAACCUGAUCAACCAAAGCAAGGAGUGGGUCGAGUUUGACCCACAAGGAGGGCCGCUGGGCGGAAAUUACCACCCUAACCGGCUGGGUUUGUGCGGUGCCUGGGCGGAUUGAGGCGGGCGGACCCAAAGUGACCGACCUGACCCGGGUCGAACCGAAAUGAAACGAACCUGUUUGGACCAGACAAACCAAACUGGUUAGGUCCGGACUGGAACCGGCCGAACCAGACCCGAACAGCAGCGGACAACAGAUUGAUUCGGUCGCUGGAAGGGCAUGGGAGGAGUAUCGGAUGUUGUGUAUGAAACUCCCUAACCCGGCCGGGUACUACUUUUACUAAAAUGCCCUUGAUAAAUAAAAUACUCAAAUCUUAAAUUGCAGCGGGAAAAAUUUUCAUAAAUAAAAAUAAUGAAAACACACACUUGUAGUUCAAAGCAAAGCCCUAACACGUGGGCAAAUUAAACUCAAACUUUAAAAUCUCAAUCUGAUCUCCAGUUUAUACUCAUAAUCAUAAAUGUAAAUAACUAACAAACUCUAAUGUUGUUGCUACUGAAACCUUGAGUAAGCAUCCUCUAUGACGCUUAUACUGCUCUCCUCUAGCUGGCUUGCCUCGAACAGCUUUCUCGAUCUUGCUGCUCACUAACAGCUCCUCUAGCUGCAACUAUCGGUCUAGUUCUCGCUUUUCCUUUACUAAGUCCUGGUGAGUGAGUUGAGGUCAGUCUACGCCCUUACGUUUUAACAUCUUAUUAAUACUUGAUCACUUUACUUAACUGAGUGGAAGUUGUUUUGUACUUCCACUAUUAAAAAGCUUAAUCUUUAAAACUGUAUGGGAGUUACUGUUACUCCACUCUUAAAUCUCAAAGCUUGACUUAAAUACUUGACUGACACGGGGAUCCCUCACUAGCUGGUUCACAAGCCCUUGAAAGUCACUCAAAUGUUCCGAGACACUAUGCCCAUCCUUGUACUUCAAGUUCACAAUUCUUCGAAUGAGUGAGGCUUUGUUUUGAGUUAAUUGCCUCACAUACAUGGACUCCAAUUUUUGCCACAAUUCAUCUGGUCUUGUAGCUUUUGCAACAUGAUGAAAGAUGCUUUGGUCAAUCCAUUGUCGAAUGAUUGCCACCGCCUUUCUAUGCAAGAACUCCCAUUGCUUCUCGGUCUUGUCUUCCUACUUCUCGCUGCCAUUUUCAAUUGGUUCAUAGAGAUCCUUGCAAAAACAGAAUAUCCUCCAUUCGUGGCUUCCAAAUAGAGUAGUUGGAUGAUGUCAACUUAAUCAUAGCUCUACUUGAGUCGUCCAUUCUUGCCAUUCACCUAACACAGCCCCUAAACAACCUAAUGCUCUAAUACCACUGUUGAGAGAUAGGGCAGCAAUCACAAGCAAGAAUAGAAUGCACAAGACACGAUUUUUACGUGGAAACCCCAAAUCGGGAAAAACCACAGGACCUUUGUCCAAUCCACAACUUCACUAGACUUUGGUGGGAUCACUAAUCCUCUCUAGACUAGCUAGACGAUUACAAACACUUGAAGAACAACCUUCUUGGAUCAACAAUCAACCGCAAUGCCUCUCACCAACAUGGUGGAUAACUAGAACUAGAGCAGGACAAAGAGAAGUUUAGAGGUACCCAAAAAUAGAUUUGUACACCUACUGUCCAACAGCGAUCCUCGACGAAACAGACCUCAAAACGACGAUCCCUCUGGUCAGAUUGAAGCGUAGAUGAUUCUAAACCCGCUGUCCAAAUUUCAGGACGAUUCAACGGUUCAAAUUUCUAGAACACUCACUUGAAUAGACUACCCCAUUGUAG